AUGGAUCCGCUGGAGAGAUGUAUUAAGUGUUUUCUACAGUCGGUUUUCGUUAUAUUCGUCAUAAUACCCGCGGGCCAAACGCCACUGGUGCUAAAUGUUUUGUAUCGCAUUGCUUGGUUAAUAUUCCUUUUAUACUACAGUUACUUGCCCGUUAUGUUGCGUUGUUGGGUGCGCCUGUUUCUCUCCGUCGGCUCCGCAAUAAUCUAUAUGUUUUGCAUAGUGGAGAGUACGCUGAAAUGGCGAAAAUAUGGACGCAUAGUCCACAAACUUCGUACAAUUGAUGAUUUGAUAACAAGGAAAUUUAAAGUGAACUUGGUCCAACGAAGACGUUUUAGUUAUCUCAAAUCACGCAUACUGCCUCUACUUAUAAUACUAAUCAUUUGUGAGAUUAUUAAAUUGCUUAUGCUGAAGCGCUUAAAUUUCAGCUAUUGGUUUACGCUAACGAUUGUUACGGGUCUACGUCUACGUUAUUUCCAUAUAAUCGUCAUUUUGUGUGACUUCAAUGAACGUCUGUGUCUAUUAUGUGAGGCCUUGAAACGGCUGAAAGCUUACAAUGGCUCUGGUCUAAACUUAGAGUGUGCCGCAUGGCGUCGCAACAAUCGCUGGGAGUUCGCACAGCUGAAUAUGUUGCGCUUGAUCCACGGACGCAUCUAUGAAUUGCUGCAGAUCAUCAACGAACAUGUCGGUUGGUCCAUGACUCUGAUCGCGCAGGCAACUUUGUUUGAAUUCGUUUGUUACACAUAUUGGUGUCUGACGUAUAAGUUGGUGAAUAUGGGCAUGAGCGCAGUGAUCUUUAAUUUCGUUACAAUUUUCUCGUUGGGCUGUCUACACUACCAAUGGUUUCGGCAGGCAGAUAGAGUCAAACAGAAUGGUGAAAAGAUCGCUGCUAUUACAACUCAACUUUAUAAACCGUGCGACGAUAAACGCUACAAUGAUCUACUACUCGUAUUCCUGAUACAAACCAUGCAUCAAAAGUUUAUGGUGACAACGAAGGGGUUUCAUAUAAUUGAUUUGAAAAAUUUAGCAACGACUAUUCAUGUCUUCGCCAAUUAUCUGGUGUUCUUGCUACAAUUUACAUAUACCUCGCCCAGACGUUAG